AUGUCUUCUCUGGCUGUUUUGGGAGCUGCUUUGCCGCAACUGAAGGAGUUGAAGAUCCCAAAAGAGACGGCGCAGCAUAUUUGGUCAAAUAUUGCAAUCCUUGGUGACAGCAUUCUUUGUGCCGACUGUGACGAUGCAGUCGGCGGAACGGAUUUUUCUGCCGACGAGGAGUUUGACAUUGAGUCGUUCAAGCAACUACGCAACUUGAUAAUCCCUGACCUCGGCGCGGAGGAUGUUCCCGACACGGCUAGAAAAUCCCUUGCUUCUAGCCUGUUCAAGACAUCGAUCAUCCAUGCACCCACGGAUAUCGACUAUCAAAUUAUCAACGGGGAGAGCGAGAACGGACUCUCUGCGCUCUACGAGACACGAACUGGCCAAACUGUAUUUGUACCGCCAACACGCCGAACAAAGAUAGCCUACGUCGCAUUUGAGGAGCUCUUUACUCUGGUGACCCAAGAAGAGGCCGUUGCGCCCUCCAAAUCAAAGCAAAAGAAGAAGGGCGAGAAGAAGGAAGCUAUUUCGCCAUCGUCCAUGAGGGCACGCAUUGCUUCAUCCGUGGCGCCAUUGUUUGUCCUGCGGUGCGCGCUCCCCUUGCGGGCGUACGUGGCCGACCAGCCGCUGCGAGGCCAGAUGCCACAGCCUCUGAGCCAGAGGAACGAGUUGCUGUGGAUGCUGGAGAAGCUUGUUGACUUGCACAGCGAGUCUGAGGCUAUUCCAGCCCUUAAGGGAGCGCAAAGUACGAGUAGGAAGCACCUGCUGCGGCUGUACCCGCUUCUGGUCAAGGGAUUGGUGGCGGGAGGCGAUGAGAAGGUGCUGGAGCUCCUGAGGGAAGCGUUGGACGUAAUAGGAGGGGAAUUAGGCAUUGUUUAG